AUGAGGAUCGUCUUAGCUUCGCCGUGUACGAUCCUGCUAGCUGCUGCUACCACACUGCUGUGCUUCCCGCUCGCAUACGGCUUGGAGUGUUAUACCUGCAGUACCGAUAGCAGUGAUCUAGACUGUGACAAUGUUGCCGUGCUGGAGAAAACUUCCUGCCAACCAUUCAGCGCCACCAAUCAUCCAGUGCAACCGGUCUGUGGUUACAAACGUCUCCUUCCAACUGCCAGCGAAGCGCCGCAACGUAUCUGGCGUGGCUGUGCCGUUAGUGGCGAGUGUGCACUACUGUCCCGGCAGGGUAAUGAGGCGUUCAGCUCCGCGUUUCGCAUGUCCGCCUGCGAGGAGUGCGAAGAGGAUGAUUGCAAUGGACCAAAAAGUGGCGCCACAAGGUCCCAAACCGCCUGGUGGACCGUGGGUCUGCUAAUCGCGGUAAAACUGACAUCAACGAAGGGGUGGGUAUGAACAGUGAAUAAAAAUGAAGCGCUGUCUUAGAAGAA